CUUUCCCGAGCCGUCCCCUCCCUGAGCCGCCAACAGUGUGUGCGCGGACGGGGGAAUCCUUCCCUCCCCUCCUGCAGCGUCUCUAGGCGCCGGCCCCCCCUGCACGCCUCGAACGGGCAGAUUCAAACCCGCGCGAGCGGUUGGCGGGGAGGGCGGCGGCGCACCGAGGCGAGAGAAUCAAUGAGAACAGCAGGGGCGCUGCCAGAUAGUGCGCCAUAGGCGCCGAUGGGGAGGAGGAGGAGGAGGAGAAGCCCGGAUGACUCUCCUUGCCAGAGACUGAGGCGGCUCUUCUCUCGGGCCCGCCCCUUCUUCCCCGUAGGAGGUGCCGCUGCUUCUCUCGCAGCCAGAUAGAGCAGCGGAGGCAGCAAGAGGGAAACACAAAGGCUGUGGAGGUAAGCCGACUCUUUUUCGUAGACUGAACCCGUAGGUCAGCUGCGUUAAUAAAGGAAGGCAAACUGGGAAAGUAAUAUCCAGGUGAAGAGAGUAAUCCAGAUUGAAGUAUGAGUGCUGAGAUGAGCCAGGGGGUAAUCACAACCCCUCCACCUCCUAGCGUGCCUCACAAGGAGAGAUAUUUUGUCCGCAUAAAUGAAAAUGACCCUGACUAUAUCCGCGAAAGAGCCAUGUCUCCUGACCUGAGGCAAGACUUCAAUAUGAUGGAACAAAGGAAGAGAGUCACCCAGAUACUGCAGAGUCCUGCUUUUCGGGAAGACCUGGAAUCUCUCAUACAUGAACAAAUGAAGAAAGGCAAUAACCCAACUGGACUGCUUGCAUUGCAACAGAUUGCUGACUACAUUAUGGCGAGUUCUUUUGCAGGGUUUUCUUCAUCUCCCCUAAGCCUCGGAAUGGUUACACCCAUCAAUGACUUACCUGGAAUAGACACUGCUGCAUUUGUAAAGGGCGAAAAACUUAUUCGUUGUAAAUUAGCCAGCUUGUACAGGUUGACUGAUUUAUUUGGAUGGGCACACUUGGCUAAUUCAUAUGUCACAGUAAGAGUAAGCAAAGAACAUGAUCAUAUUCUUAUCCUCCCAAAAGGCCUAUCAUUUUCUGAAGCUUCUGCUUCCAAUUUGGUAAAAGUAAAUAUCAUAGGCGAUGUAGUUGACCAGGGGAGCACCAACCUAAGCAUUGACAGUACAGGGUUCAGUCCUCACGCUGCCAUCUACUCCAUGCGUCCUGAUGUUCGAUGUGUGAUCCACGUACACACUCCAGCAACAGCAGCUGUUUCUUCUAUGAAGUGUGGUAUCCUUCCAAUUUCUCAGGAGGCUCUGAUUCUAGGAGAUGUUGCCUAUUACAAUUACCAAGGAUCUCUGGAUGAACAGGAAGAGAGAAUUCAACUCCAGAAAGUUCUUGGACCAAGCUGUAAGGUCCUGGUCUUGAGAAACCACGGGGUAGUAGCACUAGGAGAGACAUUAGAAGAGGCCUUCCACUACAUCUACAAUGUACAAAUAGCUUGUGAAACACAGGUGCAUGCCCUGGCUGGAGCAGGUGGCGUGGACAAUCUCCUUAUCCUAGACUUGCAGAAAUAUAAACCUUUCACACACCAUGUCGCAGCAGCUGGAGGAGGGGGCGUUAAUAUGGCUUCUCAGUUCAAAUGGAAAGUUGGAGAACAAGAGUUUGAAGCAUUAAUGAGGAUGAUGGACAACCUGGGUUACAGAACUGGCUAUGCUUAUCGGCAGCCUGUAGUGCGGGAGAAACCCAGACACAAGAGUGAUGUUGAGAUUCCAGCCACCGUGACUGCCUUUUCCUUUGAGGAUGAUUCAGUCCCAAUUUCCCCUCUCAAAUUCCUAGCACAGAAACAGCAACGGGAGAAGACAAGAUGGUUGAACUCCCCAAAUGCAUAUUUGAAAGUGGAUGUUCCUGAAGAAUCUCGAAAUGGAGAAACAAGUCCCCGGACUAAAACCACAUGGAUAAAAGCUGAAGAUUCAUCUAAACUUAGUGGAGGAACUCCAAUAAAAAUAGAAGAUCCAAACCAAUUUGUUCCUAUGAAUACAAAUCCGAGUGAUGUGCUGGAAAAGAGGAAUAAGAUUCGAGAGCAAAAUCGGUAUGACUUAAAGACUGCAGGACCACAGUCUCAGUUACUUGCUGGAAUUGUGGUAGAUAAGAAGCCAAGUACUCCCAUGCAAUUUGAAGAAGAUGAACAUGUUGCACCUGCCCCUCCCAACCCAUUUAGCCAUCUCACAGAAAAGGAACUGGAAGAAUACAAGCGGACAAUUGAACACAAACAACAAGGAAUUGAGGAUGCUGAUCAGGAAUUAUUCUCAGAUGAUGGGUCAUCUGUUUCACAAAUACCUUCUCAAACCCAGUCCCCGCAAAAUGUCCCUGACAAAUUAGAAGAAAAUCAUGAUGAUUAUCUUCAGGAUUCUACCCUCAUCUCUCUGGAUAUCCCAGGUGUGGUGAUGAAUGGCAAGGAGGAUGCACAUGAUGUGGAAGAGGAUCUCUCACAUAGAGUCAGCCAGUUAACCACUAGUACUGUAGAGAAUGUAGAAAUUACCAUUAAAACUUCUGAAAAGAUUGAGGAGGCCCUUUCCCCUGAGGGAUCCCCUUCCAAGUCACCAUCAAAGAAAAAGAAGAAAUUCCGUACUCCAUCUUUCCUGAAAAAGAGCAAAAAGAAGGAAAAGAUGGAAGCCUGAGUGCAACUCACACUGAGGCUACAUUGCACAUUUCAAACCCAUGUUUUAAUCAGCCAUUAACUUGGUCAGUUUAAGGUAGGGUUGUGUAGUAAACUGGGCCUUAACCUAAGAAUAGAACUGGAAGAUACUAGAGACCACUUUAUGUCAAUUAAGCAAAGAAUUCAUCUCUCAACUAGUAUGAAUAAAAUCACUUCGAGGGUUUGAAAUAUUGAAUAUUCCACCAUAAACUGGCAGAGGUUCCAGUACAGCACUAUUUUAAUACAUACUCCUUUGCAGUAGAAAAUUACACCUGGAAUUUUUUCUGGAGUAGAGAAUCUGCAGUACAAUUUCACUAAGGUAGCUGUUGAAUUAUCAUGUAAUGUUUGUUUAAUCUGCCUCAUUGAGUAAUUGGAUGAUACUUCUUGGUAUUGUGAUUUUUGACUAUAGCAUUUGUUUUGGCCCCACUGCGGAGGGUGCUUCUUACCACAUUUGUCAAGAGUUGGUCAUCUAUAAUUAUUAGACACUGGCACAUAAUAAUAUUAGAGGGAGAAAACUGUAAAAGGAAUUGCAUUUGGAAUUUUACAGAUUGCAUUCAUCACCAAUAACUUUUGCCAAAUACUUCAUUUUAGUAAGAUAUAAUUUUUGAAAACUUUUUUUAUUCUAUCAGGUGGGGGAUACAGAGAAAGCCCUUAUUUUUCAAUAAAGGGGAUUUUAUACGCUUGACAUUAAUAACUUAGUUUAACUAUGGCAAAAGAGAAAAAAACAAAUUUUAUAUGUUGAUACUUUUGUAUACCACUCAGUAUAAAGUAUUAUAGGCAUGUAAACCAAGUAUUUUAACACUAGAGAUUAUUAAGGAUGCUUGGUUGUAGAGUAUACUUAAAUGUAAUUCAGAAGCUCUGAUACCAGAUGUGGAAAACAUAACUGGAUUCAGGUUUAAAUCUUGCUCUAUUUUUUCCUCAUGGUAUUACUAUUGAAUGAAGAAAAAUAAUCUUGUUAACGCAGGGCCUUUUUCAGGAGAUCAGCUCAAAGCAUGUCCCAACUGCAUUUUAGCCCUUGUGGGUCCUCCCAAUUGAUUCAGAGAGCCAUCAUGGCAUAGUAAUUAAGAGCAGGCAGACUAAUCUGAAAAAUAGGGUUGGAUUCCCUACUUCUCCAUGUGAGAAGUGGUCUUAUCUGGUGAACUGGAUUUGUUUCCCUGCUCCUUCACACAAGACCUGCUGGGCGACCUUGAGCUAGUCACAGUUUACUCAGAACUCUCUCAGCC